AGCUGUAAGUCGGACAAGAUGGCGACGAGCAAUGGUGGUGGAAUGGAGGUGGAUGGGGCAGCCAGCCCCAGUGUUAUGGUAUCUGGGGUCACCGGCAGUGUCUCUGUUGCCUUGCAUCCUCUGGUCAUCCUCAACAUCUCAGAUCACUGGAUUCGCAUCCGCUCCCAGGAGGGGCGGCCCAUGCAGGUGAUCGGCGCGUUAAUCGGGAAGCAGGAGGGUAGAAACAUUGAGGUGAUGAACUCCUUUGAGCUGCUUCAUCAAUUGGUAGAUGACCGAGCACACAUUGACAAGGAGUACUACUACACCAAGGAGGAGCAGUUCAAACAGGUCUUCAAGGACAUGGAGUUCCUGGGCUGGUAUACAACAGGGGGUCCUUGUGACCAAUCAGACAUCCACAUUCACAAGCAGGUGUGUGAGAUAAUUGAGAGUCCUCUCUUCCUCAAGCUCAACCCGAUGACCAAACACACAGAUCUCCCUGUCAGUGUGUAUGAGUCUGUCAUCGACAUCAUCAGUGGAGAGGCGACCAUGUUGUUUGCUGAGCUGGGGUACACUCUGGCCACAGAAGAAGCGGAGCGAAUCGGAGUGGAUCACGUGGCUCGCAUGACAGCCACAGGCACAGGGGAGAAUUCAACAGUGGCCGAACAUCUCAUAGCACAACACAGUGCAAUUAAGAUGCUCCACAGCAGGGUGAAAGUCAUCUUGGAAUAUGUCAAAGCAGUGGAAGCAGGAGAGGUGCCAUUUAACCACGAGAUCCUCAGAGAAGCCAAUGCCCUGUGCCAUAGACUGCCUGUUCUCAGCACCAUCAAAUUCAAGACUGACUUCUAUGAUCAAUGCAAUGACGUGGGCCUCAUGGCUUACCUAGGUACCAUCACUAAGACCUGCAACAGCAUGAAUCAGUUCAUCAACAAGUUCAACGUCUUGUAUGAUAGACAGGGCAUCGGCCGGAGGAUGAGAGGACUGUUCUUUUGAGUGACACGGAGAAAGAGUAAUUGGAGGAAGAGAGGGAGAGGUCACAAGCACUGCUUUUCCAUUUGUUUGUCUGUAUUUUAUGUUAAGUAACACUUGUGACACACACACACUCAGAUACCAGUGAAUGUUGUUCUCAUCAAACCAGUUUGUUUUCAAAGGUAGCAAAUGCUAGAAGUGUCUCAAAGGCCUCCUGUCUAUACCAGAAAAUCACACACACAAACAGGAAGAAGGAAACCGUGUACAAAAUCACUCACAUUUUCACUCACACUUUAACAUUUGUGAGUAUGCAUGUGAACAGAAAAUACAAUUUCCCUUUUUCUUUGUUUUGUUGUUCCAUGUUUCUGUAAGUAAUAAAUAAUCUGCUGAUUUUUCUUGGG